GAUGGAUGGAUAGAUAUGUCUAUGUUUGUUUUCUACGUUUGUUCUUUGAUUCAUCAAAUCUUCUGCUCUCUAAACACUAGCUCUUCUAGAAGGGCGGACAUCAAACCAUAACAGAGCUGGUUAUCUCCGCCUUAACGGAGAGCUUUUCCAUAGAAGGAGACUUCAUGCGUGCAGCCCAUCCAAACAAAGCGAAGACAGCACUGCCUCCUGACAGCAGUUUAAUCUUACCCUCACAGACUGCACGCACCUCACAAAUAUGUAGAGAGAAUAAUUUGCUGUCAUUAAAAAUGUCGCUAUUCGAGACUUUUUGCGCAUUUAAAUGACUUGCGAGAAACAGCAAAGGCAAUUGAUCAUUGAUUCUCUGCUCUUUUGACCGCUUUAUCAGGUUCACGUUCAUUCCAACAGAAGGUGACAGCGAGACUAUUCUACUGGUGCAGUAAAACACGCGAGUUUUCUUCUUUAUGCAGAUCGUUUAAGGCGCCAUCAGACUUUGGAAACAGAAGAGGGUGGAGAAGAAACACUUCCAUACACGGCGAUAAAGGUGGAGGUUGUCAGCUGCUUGUAAUUGAUCUCCACUCAUGAAGGGCAUGGAGAUGUUGCGCCGCUCCUCGGUGUUUGCGGCUGAAGUCAUGGAGGUGUUUGAUCGCUCUCCCACGGAUAAGGAGCUCGUGUCCCAGUCUAAAGUCUUAUGUAGGGAUUACAUUCACUCCAGACUUCAUCGGGCUGGAAUCGGAUGGUCGAAACCAGAGCACGGAUCUGGAGGAACACUGGCUGAGGUGUCUUCAGUUCUUCUGUGGUUGGGUGACGAGCUGGAGUACCUGCGACCCAAUGUGUACCGCAACGUAGCAAGACAGCUCAACAUCACAAUUGCCUCUGAGACUAUAGUCUCUGAUGCCUUUUUGGCCGUCGCUGCAGAAAUCUUCUCUACAGAUGUUGAGGGGGUUCUUGCCGUCAUGGACCGCAACAUAGUGCUCGUUGGCUUUAAAGCAGGGCACCCUCCUGCAUUCUUAACACACUCUGAGACGGACAUUACAAAGUGUGUAGUCAAUACAGAUCCCAGUUUUCGUUCUCAUUGGCUGGUGGCAGCUGCCUGUGCCUGUGGUCACUACUUCAAGGCUGUGGUCUUCUACCUGCUGAGAGAAAAAUAA